CCGCCAGCCACCCGGCUAGACCCGUUUUGCCUCAGUGCUGCAGCUGAUGCGAGAGGAUCGCAUUUCUUCUUUGCAGGGCCCGGGAUAGGAAGUGUUUUCGAGAAUCUCUCCCGGUCGGGGCCGAGCAGCUGUAGGGGGGACUCGGUGCUGCCGAGGUCUGCAUCUCCCUGGGGGAGGGCGGAGAGGAGCCCGGCUGCAGCUCGGGAGACUGCGGGACGUCCAGUUGUAUCAUUUUCUUGAAGACAUUCUGUCGGUCUUUUCUUUACCACCAAGUUCUUUGGAAUCGAGUUAUGUCAACAGCUGCUCUAAUUACUUUAGUUAGAAACGGAGGGUACCAGGUGAGAAGGAGAGCUCUGUUGACAUCACGCCUGCUGCAGGAUGACAAAAGAGUGACCUCCGCCUGCCACAGCUCCACCUCUGAGCGAAGAUCUUCUAGAUUUGAUCCUGACUGCAGUGGGCGUCCGGCUACAUGGGACACUUUUGGGAUCUGGGAUAACCGCAUUGAUGAGCCAAUUCUUCUCCCACCAAGCAUCAAGUAUGGAAAGCCAAUUCCCAAAAUUAGCCUGGAAAAUGUGGGCUGCUCCUCUCAGAUUGGAAAACGGAAAGAGAAUGAGGACCGGUUUGACUUUGCCCAGUUGACAGAUGAAGUCCUGUACUUUGCAGUGUAUGACGGACACGGUGGAGCUGCAGCUGCCGACUUCUGUCACACACAUAUGGAAAAAUACAUUAUGGAUUUCCUUACUAAGGACAAGAACUUGGAAACUGUAUUGACCAGUGCUUUCCUAGAAAUAGAUAAAGCAUUUGCAAGGCAUGCACACUUAUCUGCUGAUGGCACUUUAAUGGCCUCUGGGACCACUGCAACAGUGGCCCUGCUGCGGGAUGGUAUUGAGCUGGUCAUCGCUAGUGUUGGGGAUAGCCGUGCUCUCUUAUGUCGAAAAGGAAAGCCCAUAAAGCUGACCACAGACCACACUCCAGAGAGAAAAGAGGAAAAAGAAAGGAUCAAGAAAUAUGGUGGCUUUGUAGCAUGGAACAGUUUGGGACAGCCUCAUGUGAAUGGCAGGCUUGCAAUGACAAGGAGCAUUGGAGAUUUGGAUCUCAAAAAUAGUGGCGUGAUCGCAGAGCCUGAAACAAAAAGAAUUAAGCUGCAGCAUGCUGAUGAUAGCUUCCUGGUCCUCACUACAGAUGGAAUUAACUUCAUGGUGAAUAGUCAAGAGAUUUGUGACUUUGUCAAUCAGUGCCAUGAUCCCACUGAAGCAGCCCAUGUUGUAACUGAACAGGCGAUACAGUACGGUACAGAAGAUAACAGCACUGCAGUGGUAGUGCCUUUUGGUGCCUGGGGAAAAUACAAAAACUCUGACGUCAGCUUCUCAUUCAGCAGAAGUUUUGCCUCGAGUGGACGCUGGGCUUAGUAGCUUGUGUCAAAUGUUUCUCUGCAAUUGAUGUCUCCUGAGCAUUAUAGGAAACCGAACUAGAUUUCAAAAAGAAAAGGACCGGUACCACGAUCAUCUUGUGACUCAAUAAAUUAGUGCCUCAGUUACUUUUAAGUAUAUUAUCCAUUUCCAUGUAUUGUUCAUAAAUACCAUGGUUAUCAUUUAUAAGCUCUAAGUCAACUUGUUUGGCAUAACAAUAUGGAUAAUCAGACUUCUGUGAGUCCAUGUGUACAAUUUUUUAAAACGGCAAGAAAGGUUUUGAUCUGUUAACCAUUUUAUUUUUCAGACUACUAGGCAGCUCUUGGUUUUCAAUGAUGAUUUUUGCGGCACAAGAUGAAACCUAACUUUAUCAUGUUUCUUUGUUUAUUUGGAUGGAUUCUUGGUUUUCAGGGGGGUGUGUGUGUGUAUGUGUGUGUGUGUGCGCGCGUGCGCGCACGCAUGCGCGUGAGUACAUGUGUAUGUUUUAACAAUGUUAUAUGUACACGUUGCUUUUAAAAAUACUUCACUAAUUACAAAAUAUUAAUUGCAAUAAGUACAGAAAAUUCAGGCCUUCUCACAACUGCUUUUAAAAAUUCUGGCCCCAUAACUAAACAGUUGCAACUGGGGAAAAAAUGGAAAUGAUUCAAAUUUAAAAUGAUUCAAAUUGAAAGUAAUGGGAUAUUCCUAAUGAUGAAGAUGAUGAUUGUUAUUAUUUUAAGAUAUCAUAAGCCCAGUUACGUCUUUAUGAACAGUGGGCCUGUGUUUUUUAAAGUUGCUUGUUUCCAAGCAUGUUACUUGUGUACAUGGAUCUCAUAAUCAUUCAUUUUCUUUCUUAUGGGUGAGGAAGAUGCACAGUAUAUAUUUCUCAAUCUAGGAAAUACUUGUACAAAAGGUCCUUUUGCCAGAAGAAUAUAAAAAGAAUUACUGAAGGUUUUAAGUACUGUACAUAAAAUUUUCUGCUUUUAUCUCUUGUUUUAUAUAUAAACUAUAUUAAUUUUUAUAUUGAGGAUAAUUUUUGUGGGGAAAAGUGAUAACCUCAUAAUUAUGACCUAAUGGUGGCUUACUUUUGCUCUUUUCUAAAUUAAAGUUAGAGCCUUAGUCUAAAGCAUAAAUCAUUAAAACUUUCUGCCAAAAAUCCUGUUUGCUGUAUGAUUUGCUAAUGUCAAUUUAUACCCCCACUUCCCCUUUUGCUGUCUUCUUUUGGUCAGUAAAAUUAGCAGAAAGAAAUGGAUUUCAUGAUCAGCUAUGAUAGACUUGGCUGUGAUAGACAAUUCCAGGGGACUCAUGAUGGAAAAUGCUCUCUGCAUCCAGGAAAAGAACGGUGGAAUCAGAAUGCAGAUUGAACCAUACGAUUUAAAC